AUGGCGCGGAGCUUGGCUGGGCCACCAUUGGCCGCGGCGGCGGCAGCGGCGGUACUGCUGUGCGCGGCGUUCUUGGAGCGCGGCGCGGCGCUGCACCUGUGCACGGACCGGCUGUUCAACGACACGCAGGGCCGGCACGAGGACGGGCUGCCGCACCUGACCCCGACGGAGGAGGCCACGUGGAUGGCGCUGCUCCCGCGCAGGCUCCGCGGCGGCAGCGCUAGGGUGGAGUUCGACUGGCUGGCGCUCUACCGCAGCCUGACGCGCGGAGCAGAUGCCGGCGGCCGGCCGGUCCCCCCGGGGGAGCUGCUGUCGCCGGCGUCCCUGCACGACGUCCGCCUCGACGACCCCGACGGGUCCAUGUACUGGCAGGCGCAGCAGACCAACCUCGAGUACCUACUGUACCUCGAUCCCGACCGCCUCGCCUGGACCUUCCGCCAGCAGGCCGGACUCCCGACCGUCGGGGAGGCCUACGGCGGGUGGGAGGCCCCGGACGGCGAACUCCGUGGCCAUUUCGUAGGGCACUACUUGAGCGCGAGCGCGUACAUGUGGGCGAGCACGCACAACGACACCCUCAGGGAGAGGAUGACGAGGGUGGUGGACAUUCUCUACCACUGCCAGAAGAACAUCGGCACGGGGUACCUCUCGGCGUAUCCCGAGACAAUGUUCGACUUGUAUGACCAGCUGUCCGAGGCAUGGUCGCCCUAUUACACCAUCCACAAGAUCAUGCAAGGACUUCUUGAUCAGUACACAUUGGCUGGGAAUAAGAAAGGUCUUGAUAUGGUAGUGUGGAUGACUGACUACUUCAGCAACCGCGUGAAGAAUUUGAUACAGAAUUACACUAUUCAGAGGCACUGGGAAGCAAUGAACGAGGAGACAGGUGGAUUCAACGAUGUCAUGUAUCAGCUCUAUACUAUAACGAAAGACCAGAAGCAUUUGACGAUGGCUCAUCUUUUCGAUAAACCAUGCUUCCUCGGACCACUUGGUCUUCAUGAUGAUGACAUAUCGGGUUUGCAUGUUAACACGCAUCUCCCUGUCCUCAUUGGUGCACAGAAGAGAUAUGAAGUCGUUGGUGAUCAUCUUUACAAGGACAUCUCAACAUUCCUGUUUGAUGUGGUAAAUUCUUCUCAUACGUUUGCAACAGGAGGCACAUCUACCAUGGAACAUUGGCAUGACCCAAAGCGACUUGUCGAUGAGAUCAAAAUCAGCUCGAAUGAGGAGACUUGCGCCACCUACAACUUCCUGAAGGUCUCCCAAAACCUUUUCCGGUGGACCAAGGAAGCUAAGUACGCUGACCACUACGAGAGGUUGCUCAUCAAUGGGAUCAUGGGCAACCAAAGGGGAACACAGCCUGGUGUCAUGCUCUACUUCCUUCCCAUGGGUCCUGGUCGAUCAAAGAGCAUCAGCGGCCGGCCCCCCUCUGGCCUUCCCCCCAUGAACCCGGGGGGAUGGGGUGGUCCAAAUGACACAUUUUGGUGCUGCUAUGGAACAGGGAUAGAAUCGUUCUCAAAGCUAGGGGGUUCCAUAUAUUUCCUGGAGGAGGGUGAAAUGCCGGGGCUAUACAUCAUUCAGUACAUACCGAGCACUUUCGACUGGAAAGCUGCAGGCCUUACUGUCAAGCAGCAGGCCAAGCCUCUCUUCUCAACGGAUCCUUAUUUUGAAGUUUCACUCGCAGUUUCUGCAAAGGGAGAUGCCAAACUAGCAAAGGUGAGCGUGAGGAUACCGUCAUGGACAUCCACCAAUGGCGCAACGGCAAUUCUAAAUGGCCAAAAGCUCAACUUGGCAUCUUCUAGCAACUCCACUGAUGGUGGUUUCCUCUCCGUGACCAAAUUUUGGAGUGAUGAUACUUUGUGUCUCCAAUUCCCCAUCACCCUAAGAACUGAGGCAAUAAAAGAUGACCGGCCGGAGUACGCAUCCAUCCAGGCAGUGCUGUUCGGGCCGCACCUCCUCGCCGGCCUGACGCACGGCAACCUGCCGGUGACAACCAGCAACCACUCCAACGACGGCCUGACCCCGGGCAUCUGGGAAGUGAACGCCACCAACGCCGCCUCCGUCACUGACUGGGUCAACCCGGUCUCCUCCGAGUCGCUCAACUCGCAGCUCGUCACCCUGACGCAGAGCUCCGGCGGGCGGACCCUCGUCCUGUCGGUGUCGAUCGCUGAUGGCAAGCUGGCAAUGCAGGAGAUGCCUGCUCCAGGGAGCGACGCGUGUGUGCACGCCACGUUCCGCGCCUACGGCCCCGCCGGCGCCGGCGGGCUGCAAGGGCCGAACGUAACGAUCGAGCCGUUCGACAGACCGGGCAUGGCGGUCACAAACGGCCUCACCAUCGGCCGCCCGAAGGGCCGCGACGCGCUGUUCAACGCCGUGCCGGGGCUGGACGGCACGCCGGGCUCGGUGUCCCUGGAGCUCGGCACCAGGCCGGGGUGUUUCCUCAUGGCCCCCGCGGGCGCAAAUGCCACGCAGGUCGGCUGCCAGGGCGGCAACGGCGCCGGAGCCAGCGCCAGCGACGACACGGCGUUCCGCUGCGCCGCGAGCUUCGCGCGGGCCGCGCCGCUGAGGCGAUACCACCUGCUGAGCUUCGCGGCGCGCGGGACGGAGCGGAACUUCCUCCUGGAGCCGCUGCGGAGCCUCCAGGACGAGUUCUACACCGUCUACUUCCGCCUCGUCUCCGACGACGACAGCUGA